CCCAGACCGGAAAUGAGGUCAGAGAGGAAAGCUCCGGCCGGGAGACUCGGCCCCGCAAGCGGCGGCCUUCGGAGGUGGCUGCGGCAGCGGAUGUGGCCUCAUGGAUGAGCUGGUUCAUGACUUAGCCUCAGCCUUGGAGCAGACAUCUGAGCAGAAUAAGCUUGGUGAGCUCUGGGAGGAGAUGGCCCUGAGCCCGCGGCAGCAGAGGCGGCAGCUUCGCAAACGGAGAGGCCGGAAGCGCCGUUCAGACUUCACUCACCUGGCGGAGCAUACCUGCUGCUACAGUGAGGCCUCUGAGUCCAGUCUGGAUGAGGCUCUCAAGGACUGUCGAGAAAUGGCCCCAGUCACCAAUUUCAGUGACUCUGAUGACACAAUGGUAGUCAAACGGCACCCAGCUCUCAACGCCAUUGUUAAGAGUAAGCAGCAUUCUUGGCAUGAAUCUGACUCCUUUACUGAAAAUGCACCCUGUCGACCGCUCAGGCGCCGGCGUAAGGUGAAGCGAGUGACGUCAGAGGUGGCCGCUAGCCUUCAGCAGAAGCUCAAGGUGUCAGAUUGGAGCUACGAGAGAGGCUGCAGGUUCAAGUCGGCCAAGAAGCAGCGUCUGUCCCGCUGGAAGGAGAAUACUCCCUGGACCUCAUCAGGUCACGGGUUGUGUGAAUCAGCAGAAAACAGGACUUUCCUAAGCAAAACGGGAAGGAAAGAAAGGAUGGAGUGUGAAGCAGAUGAACAAAAACAGGGCUCUGAUGAGAACAUGUCAGAAUGUGAAACCAGCAGUGUGUGUAGCAGCAGUGACACGGGGCUCUUUACCAACGAUGAAGGCCGGCAAGGGGACGAUGAGCAGAGUGAUUGGUUCUAUGAAGGAGAAUGCGUCCCAGGAUUCACUGUCCCUAAUCUGCUGCCCAAGUGGGCUCCUGACCACUGCUCCGAGGUAGAGAGAAUGGAUUCUGGACUGGAUAAACUUUCCGAUUCCACAUUCCUUUUACCUUCUCGACCAGCUCAAAGAGGGUACCACGCUCGCUUUAAUCGUCUGCCUGGAGCUGCAGCUCGAUGCCUUAGAAAAGGGCGAAGAAGGCUUGUGGGGAAGGAGUCCAGCAUAAGUAAUCUGGGUACUGAGAGGAUAGGCCACCUCAUUAGUGACCCUCGGCAGAAAGAAAAGAAAGCCUUGGCUUCUGAUUUUCCUCACAUUUCUGCUUGUGCACACGAGGUAAGUUCUGUUUCCACUACACUGCUGCUGGUUUGUGCUAACCAGUUAUUCACUGGAAACAUCUGCCAGGAUAAGGACAAGUUUAAUCCUCUCUCUCCCCUUUACUCCCUGGAUGUUCUUGCUGAUGCUUCUCACCGGAGAUGUUCACCAGCGCACUGCUCUGCCAGACCGGCAAACAUACACCUGGGGCCCCCAUGUUCACGUGACAUCAAGAGGAAACGGAAACCUGUGGCCACGGCGUCACUGUCCAGCCCAAAUGCUGUUCACAUGGAUGCAGUGGAGUCAGCUACAGCAGCGUCACAGGCCCCCAGACCUCCAGACUCUGAGUGGCUGGUCAGGACCUCUGCUGCAGAGAAAGCCACUGACUCAGCUGCAGCUACGUCUUUUAAAAUGCCACAGGAAAAGAGCCCUGGAUACAGCUAGAAUGCAGUAUUUCACCCACCAGGAGCUGACUGGAUGUUGUUGAAACAAAUAUCAGACUUUGUAUUAUAUUGUCUUGCAUAUCUUAAUUGACAUUCCCAGCCCUUUCACCAUCGGACUGACUCCUCUUCAAACAAAGAAGUGAACUCUUUCUCUUAGAAAAUCAUGUUGUGCAAAUCUUUUUUUUUAUUAUUAUUAUAAAGGAUUGAGACAGCAGUUUUUUUAAAAAAGGUCAUCCAAUGCUGUAUAUGUUAAAUUGCUAUUGUUGUCCCAACAGUUACCUACAGCUCUGUUUACAGAGCUGUUGAUUUUUUGCAGAUAUGUCCUGUUUUUCUUGAAAAACCAGUACCUGCUUUUGCGUAUUUUUUGUGUAGUGCUUUUAAUACCAUUUGAGGAAGUUCUAAAUUUGCAGUCAGUUCCAAACACAGAGUUAAGACCUGUGUGUGGAAUUAAUUUGCAGGAGAUAAGGCUUGCCUUUGAGCCUGGUCUUUAUUCAAGCAGAGUGCCAAUAAGAUAAAUCCAGAAAGUUCUUAACUUGAAGCCUCAGAAGAGCCACCAGCAGCACGGGCCUUGGGAACUUACUCCGUUUUUCUAGAUGGCCUGUUGGCAUCGCCAGCAGCUGCACUGUAUGUUGCCUCAUCUCCAAAGUCUGUGUUCUACCCAAAGAGGACCUCUAUACAUAUACAUACAGAUGGGUGUAAUGAAGAAGGUCCUUUAGGUGUACAGCGAAUUUAAAAUAGUCGGUGGAUUGUGUCUAAAUACUUCAUGUCAUGGUGUAAGCCUUUAUGUACUAAACGAGACUUUUACUGUUAGUAUUAUAGGUCAAUAACCUGUAGCAGAAAUUCAUACUCUAUUAUAAUAAUGGCUUCUUGGGGCCAUACUUUGGGGAGGAAAAAUGUCUUUUCAACAUGACUUUAUACUUGGCGUGUUUAUGACGGCUUAGCUGCCUGUGGAGUUAUAUAUACAGCCAUGCCUGAAGUUGGAUGAUCCUUUGUCAAAAUGAGGAAUACGUGACUGCCUACAGCUACUGGAGAAAAACCACCCUUUCUAAAAAAGUAUCAUCAAGAGUGUCUGUCAUCCUGGGACCUGGUUGGCAGAAGGGCUCUUUUUUGGUACAAAUUGAAUGCUUUUACUCUGCAAUACGCAGGAGCCGUUCUCAAGUGCCCACUGCCCUGGUGGCGCUCUGAAGCAGCGCGCACUCCGGCACCUGGCGGGACAGAGCCUCCUCUCCCGGAAGCGCCAUUGUGCCUCUUCUCACACAGAACCUAAGGGUGGGCCGCACUCUCGUAGUCCUUUGAAAACUGUCAUCCUCACCAGUGGUAGCUACAGAAUGGCCAUGUCAGUGCGGUGGGUGUGAAUCUGGUGGGAAAAGGGGACCGGAAGCUGUUUACGCAGCACUUUAUCGAAGACUGAGAAGCUGGCCGUUGUCCGUAACAAGGGAUCCUGCGGAGCGAGGGGCAGGUGGAGAUUAGAGUGAGGAGUAGUGCUCAAGCCAGCCCGGCUUCCCUGGGAGCCGCCCAGGUGCCCUGUGGUGGCGCGUGUACUUCCUUGCCAUUAGGCUGCACCCACACCAGGAUAGGGAACAAUGUCCGUUGACUAUAAGGUGGUUCUGCUCUGUUGUUCCAGUGAUGAAGGUUGCUUUUUGUUGUCAUAUGUGCAUUCUUACUUAGUCCCAGUAGUGUCCCGAGGCACACAUCUCUAACAGAAUUUGUUGGAUUUCGGGGAGAAAUCCAUGAACAUAAUACUUGUAUUUUCUUUGCAGUAAGCUCCAUGGCUCAUGCAGAGAUCAGUCUUGCGAUAAUGGCCUAUUGAGACCUCUGUAGUUUGGGUAGCAUCUUUUUCUUCAUGACACAUAACCUAAUAAUUCUCCUUUUUACCUGUGAUUAAAAGUAAUUUAUAUGAACAGCUUUACUUACAUUUUAAAUAUUUCUGUGAUGAAAAGGUAGGUGAUUACUACUUUUACAUUUUAUAGGGUUAAGAAUAGUCACAGAACUUCGUGACUUGCCCCAAAUCACAUAAUCAAGCCAAGACUAAAAUCCCAGACUUUCAAACUUUCUUAGUCCUGGGUUAUAAUCUUUUGUUUUUCAUUAAUUGAACUGAGUCACUCUGAGACUCAUAUUUUUGAAACAGUAUGCCAGACAAGCUGUAUAUCCUCUUUCUUGAUCAAUCUUUCC